GCAGAGGCGAGAGAAGCCCAGGACUGAAGGUUCAGCGCAGCGUGCGAACCCUCGCCAGCAGACCUGGGGGUGGGGCCAGCCUCGCUCUGGUGUGUGUGUGGAGCUGAGGGCAGAGGUGCGGAAUGACUUAGUUUGGCCGCCCUGGGAGCCCGUCGCGGCUGCGACGUUUUGACGUGUGACGGGGCACAGGGCCGGCAUCAUGGUGGAGUCCAGCUGAGCGCGCGGGCUGGGAGAUACUUUAUUCAAGAGAACUUAAGACAAAUUGCAUAAAUCAAGAUGCCUGCUGCUUGUGAUUCACUGCUUGAAGAUAUUGAGGAUAUUGUGUCAGCACAAGAUGUGAAACCGCAUGACCGACAGUUUGCACGAAAGAAUGUUGUUCCUAAAGUGCGAAAACGCAAUUCACAAAAAAAUGUUCAGGCGGAUGAUGAUCCACCAAGCGAUAGCAUUAUUCCUGGUGCACAAAAAAUCUGGAUACGCACAUGGGGAUGUUCUCAUAAUAAUUCAGAUGGAGAAUAUAUGGCUGGACAGUUGGCUUCUUAUGGAUACAAAAUUACAGAGAACGCCGCAGAAGCAGACUUGUGGCUUCUUAACAGUUGCACGGUAAAAAGCCCAGCUGAAGAUCACUUCAGAAACUCAAUUAAGAAAGCCCAAGAAGAUGACAAGAAAGUGGUUUUAGCUGGAUGUGUUCCACAAGCCCAGCCUCGUCAGGAUUACCUCAAAGGUCUGAGCAUUAUAGGGGUUCAGCAAAUAGACCGUGUAGUAGAAGUUGUGGAGGAAACUAUUAAAGGUCACUCUGUGAGACUGCUGGGUCAGAAAAAAGAUAAUGGAAAACGGCUGGGGGGAGCUCGAUUGGAUUUGCCAAAGAUUAGGAAGAACCCACUGAUAGAAAUUAUUUCCAUCAAUACAGGGUGUCUCAAUGCAUGUACCUAUUGCAAAACCAAGCAUGCCAGAGGAGACCUAGCAAGUUAUCCAACUGAAGAACUAGUGGACAGAGCAAAACAGUCUUUUCAAGAGGGUGUUUGUGAGAUAUGGCUGACCAGCGAAGACACAGGGGCUUAUGGCAGAGACAUUGGCACAGACCUUCCUACCCUUCUGUGGAAGCUGGUUGAAGUUAUUCCUGAGGGAGCUAUGCUGAGACUUGGCAUGACAAAUCCUCCCUAUAUUUUAGAGCAUCUGGAGGAAAUGGCAAAGAUUCUCAAUCAUCCAAGAGUAUACGCUUUUCUUCACAUACCAGUCCAAUCUGCUUCUGACAGCAUACUCAUGGAAAUGAAAAGAGAAUACUGUGUGGCAGACUUCAAACGGGUAGUGGAUUUCCUUAAAGAAAAAGUGCCUGGAAUAACAAUUGCUACAGACAUCAUCUGUGGUUUUCCAGGGGAGACAGAUGAAGAUUUUCAAGACACCAUGAAACUUGUAGAAGAGUACAGGUUUCCAAGCCUCUUUAUUAAUCAGUUUUACCCACGUCCAGGGACUCCUGCUGCAAAAAUGCAUCAAGUUCCAGCCCUAGUGAAAAAGCAAAGAACAAAGGAUCUAUCCCAGCUUUUUCAUUCAUACAAUCCUUAUGAUCAUAAGGUUGGUGAGAGACAGAGAGUUCUGGUAACAGAAGACUCUUUUGAUUGCCAGUUUUACGUCGCUCACAAUCAAUUCUAUGAGCAGGUUCUCGUGCCAAAGGACCCUGAAUUCAUGGGUAAAAUGGUAGAAGUGGACAUUUAUGAAGCAGGGAAACAUUUUAUGAAGGGGCGGCCACUGUCAGAUGCCAAUGUGUUCACUCCAUCCAUCACCAGACCGCUAGCGAAAGGAGAGGUUUCCGGUAUAACAGAGGAGUUCAAAUAUGUGCUGGAAAAUGGCUUGAAUUUGAAAGCAUGCCCCUCUCCUGGGAUCCGAGAAAAAGCAUCAUUGAGUUCCAGGAUGGUGAUGCAACUUCCUUGGCAGCAAGAAGGAGGUGGACUGAAGAUGCUGUCUCUCAGCCUGGCUUUACUGGCAAUUCUUGUUACUUUUUAUUAUCGAGGUGUUUAAAUAGAACACUGAACUGAACUGAAUGAAGCUUUUGUGAACAAAAAUAAAGUGCUGAUUAAAAUCUUCGGAGAAAAUCUGUUUAAAAAACGGAUAUAAACUGAGCAAUAAUUUGUACUCACCCUAAGCCUUUCCUUUCAUCCAUAGUUUAAGUGAGACCCAUCCUGCCCCUAUUUGCAUUCUAUGGUUAUUUUAUCAGGGGAGGAGGAAAAUGGUUUGUCACAUCAGACUUUUUCCUCAUAGAUUUUUUUUUCUUUUUAAAGAAGAAGCAGGUAUUUGCUUAUUUGUCUUUUACGUAGCUGCAGGUAAAUGUGUGUGUAGGAAACCCAUUAAAUUGUUAAGGAAUCUUUUCUUCCUGCAGAAGUAUUGGUAAUUUCUUGGGAUGCUGAGCAUUUUAAGCUGCCUUAAACAUUUUUCUUGAUGCUUAUCUUUGUAUAUUAAAAUCAAAUAUUCAGCAGUAGAACUGUUGGACCAUUGCAAUUUGUAUCUGUCACUACUGGUGUGUCAGCCAUGUCUGAAGUAAUUUUUGUCCUAUGACAAAGAAACAUCAGUAGCUCAGCCUCCUAAUUUGGAACAUUAAAGAACAUACCCACUUUGUAUCCAUCUCUUCUCUCCAGCUCUCCACCAGAGUGCCAUGUAAAUAAAGAGUUAUCUUUGUACAGA